AUGGGUUUGCCUUGGUAUCGCGUUCAUACUGUUGUAUUGAAUGAUCCCGGCCGCUUGCUUUCUGUUCAUAUAAUGCAUACAGCUCUGGUUGCUGGUUGGGCUGGUUCGAUGGCUCUAUAUGAAUUAGCAGUUUUUGAUCCUUCCGAUCCUGUUCUUGAUCCAAUGUGGAGACAGGGUAUGUUUGUUAUACCCUUUAUGACUCGUUUAGGAAUUACCAAUUCAUGGGGCGGUUGGAGUAUCACAGGGGGAACUGUAACGAAUGCGGGUAUUUGGAGUUACGAAGGUGUAGCGGGGGCACAUAUUGUGUUUUCUGGUUUAUGCUUUUUGGCAGCCAUCUGGCAUUGGGUAUAUUGGGAUCUAGAAAUAUUUUGCGAUGAACGUACAGGAAAACCUUCUUUGGAUUUGCCCAAGAUCUUUGGAAUUCAUUUAUUUCUUUCAGGAGUGGCUUGCUUUGGUUUUGGUGCAUUUCAUGUAACAGGCUUAUAUGGUCCUGGAAUAUGGGUGUCCGAUCCUUAUGGACUAACGGGCAAAGUACAACCCGUAAAUCCGGCAUGGGGCGUGGAAGGUUUUGAUCCUUUUGUUCCGGGAGGAAUAGCCUCUCAUCACAUUGCAGCAGGGACAUUGGGCAUAUUAGCGGGGUUAUUCCAUCUUAGCGUCCGCCCACCACAACGCCUAUACAAGGGAUUGCGUAUGGGAAAUAUUGAAACCGUCCUUUCCAGUAGUAUCGCUGCUGUCUUUUUUGCGGCUUUUGUUGUUGCCGGAACUAUGUGGUAUGGUUCAGCAACUACUCCGAUCGAAUUAUUUGGGCCCACUCGUUAUCAAUGGGAUCAGGGGUACUUUCAGCAAGAGAUAUAUCGAAGAGUUAGUGCUGGACUAGCAGAAAAUCAAAGUUUAUCAGAAGCCUGGUCUAAAAUUCCUGAAAAAUUAGCUUUUUAUGAUUACAUCGGAAAUAAUCCGGCAAAAGGGGGAUUAUUCAGGGCAGGUUCGAUGGAUAACGGGGAUGGAAUAGCGAUUGGAUGGUUGGGACACCCUAUCUUUAGAGAUAAAGAAGGGCGGGAACUUUUUGUACGUCGUAUGCCUACUUUUUUUGAAACAUUUCCAGUCGUUUUGGUAGACGGCGACGGAAUUGUUAGAGCGGAUGUUCCUUUUAGAAGGGCAGAAUCAAAGUAUAGUGUUGAACAAGUAGGUGUAACUGUUGAAUUCUACGGCGGUGAACUCAAUGGAGUCAGUUAUAGCGAUCCUGCUACUGUGAAAAAAUAUGCUAGGCGCGCUCAAUUGGGUGAAAUUUUUGAAUUAGAUCGUGCUACUUUGAAAUCCGAUGGUGUUUUUCGUAGCAGUCCAAGGGGUUGGUUUACUUUUGGACAUGCUUCAUUUGCUUUGCUCUUCUUUUUCGGACACAUUUGGCAUGGUGCUAGAACCUUGUUCAGAGAUGUUUUUGCUGGUAUUGACCCGGAUUUGGAUGCUCAAGUCGAAUUUGGAGCAUUCCAAAAAAUUGGGGAUCCAACUACAAGAAGACAGGCAGUCUGA